AUGGAGCCCCCGCGGCCGCCGUCGCCGAGCCCCGAGGGGCCGGGCGCCCCCUGCCGGCGCCGCUGCCUGGGGGCUCUGCGGGCCGCGCUGCCACCCCACUGCUGGAGGGAGGCGGCCGAGCUGGCGGCGCUCGCGGGCCCCGUGUUCCUUGCACAGUUGAUGAUCUUUCUUAUUAGCGUCGUCAGUUCCAUAUUCUGCGGACAUCUGGGGAAAGUAGAGCUGGAUGUUCUGACGCUUGCUGUAUCGAUGGUGAAUGUUACUGGCGUUUCAGUUUGUGACACGCUAAUGUCUCAGUCCUAUGGAGGCAAGAACCUAAAGUGUGUGGGGACCAUACUCCAGUGAGGAAUCCUCAUCUUGUUGCUGAGUUGCUUUCCCUGCUGGGCCAUCUUCAUCAAUACUGAGCAUAUCCUCCUGCUGUUAAAUCAAGACCUGGAAGUAUCCAGGAUAGCCCAGAUUUACGUGAUGAUUUUUAUUCCUGCCCUUCCCGCCACAUUCCUUUUCCAGCUACAGACAAGAUAUUUACAAAGUCAGGGCAUCAUCUUGCCUCAAGUUAUUACUGGGAUUGUGGCGAAUAUAAUCAAUGUGGGCAUGAAUGCCCUCCUGCUGUAUGCCCUGGACCUCGGAGUGGUAGGGUCUGCCUGGGUCAACACCGCAUCCCAGCUCUUCCUGUGUGCUCUUCUCUUCCUGCAUGUGUGGUGGAGGAAGAUCUACAUCCACACCUGGGGAGGUUGGACUAGGGACUGUUUUCAAGAGUGGGGCUCCUACGUGCAGCUGGCUGUGCCCAGUAUGCUGAUGGUGUGCAUUGAGUGGUGGACCUUCGAGAUUGGAACCUUCCUGGCAGGACUGAUUAAUGUGACAGAGCUUGGCGCCCAGGCCGUCAUUUAUGAACUGACCACCGCAGCCUACAUGCAAGUGUUAGACAGGGCCUUCAAGUCACUGACAGCUUCCUUUCUGUCCAACAGAGAGAUUGUUUUCCUUGUGAGCCAAGUGAUGCCUGUUUUUGCUCCCUUUCACCUGUUUGAUGCACUUGCAGGCACCUGUGGUGGAGUCCUGAGAGGCACAGGAAAACAAAAGAUUGGGGCUGUCUUGAAUGCCAUUGGUUAUUUUAUUUUUGGUUUCCCCAUUGGAGUAACUCUGAUGUUUGCUGCUAAACUUGGGAUAAUAGGUCUCUGGUAUGGAUUGAUAGUUUGCGUCUUCUUUCAAGCCCUUUUCUAUUCAAUAUACAUCUGGAAGAGAAACUGGAACAGAGUUGCAGAGCAGGCACAGGUUUGAGCUGGACUGAAAGGGAUUAAAGAGACCAUGCCUGUGCCAACAGAUCUAUCUAUCCUAGAAAAAGAAGUGACCGAUGGAGUGAUUUUACCUGAUAUCAUCAGACCAGAGAGCCAGAGCUUCCAACUGAUGGUAAUGGAAGGAAACAACCAGUAUGCGGUGUCCACAGUUGGGGACAUCUUAACAGUGAGCCAGCUGAUUUUCUAUCGCGGACUAGCUCUAGGUGUCGCUGUUGCUGUUCUGUUAGCAGGAAUUUUAAUACGUGUUUUCAGUGACCAUGGCUAAAAUGGAGGAAUCGUCACCAGCUCACAAACUGGGAAUGAUCGCCGUAAGCCACGUAUGAGGCAUGGGAGGCGACCGUGACAUUUGGACGGUAGUUUCACUCUCAACUGUGGGGAGAAAGGAGAUCAGUGACAUUUUCUGUUAUUCUGAGAAAAUGUACUAUUCCACUAGAGAUCAGAACAGGAGUUACAAUUUAAGUAAAUUUUUCUCCCAAAUGUUAACUAUCAUGGUUUUUAAAUCUGUAAAUCUGAUUUUCUCUGCUGUAAGUAUUCCUUACUCUUUUUCUUAUAUUGAGUAUCUUUCUACUUCCAGGAAAGCAGUUCAUUGUCUUCAAAUUAGUUGCUGGUCUAGUUAUGUUUGUACAUCUCUCUUAACCUACUUAAUCUUUUCAGUGAGUGUAUGUUAAGUGCCUGUUCAAGUUCUAUUUCAGGUACUGCAAUAUAAAAUUUUAUAAAAUAAACACCUUGAAAUUU